GGCGCGCACGAGCUGAGCUAGCACUCCACUGACGUCACUUCCCACGCGCGCCUAACCAUGCUAACGACAGCUACCAACUGACAAUCGAAAACUCUUCGGGACGUUUACACUUUGUCCGGAUAUUGUCAGCCAAACCGCCGUUUUCCCACGAAGAGCCAAGCCUUAGCCGCCGUGGGCCGUGUUUACUUUCUUGGACAGCCACUCAGACGCAGCUCUGAGGACAAGUCUGCUGUGUUGUUGACAUCCAGGACGAGCACGGAUGUGUGUUGUGUCACUAGCUGCUGCACGUAAGUUAGCUAGUUACAGUUUUUCGCGGAAGUUUGUCUCUUACUGGUAUGAAUUCAAACCCUUAGCUCACUUUGACUCGGCAUCAAGCCCGGCGUCAGUCUGUGCUAAUUAGUUGCGAUGAAGCUGCAGUGUGAUGUGGAGGUGGUGAAUCGGCUGCUGCCCACGUUUGGGAUGAAAAGUCGAGGAAAAGGGACGAGAGCCGUGCUCUCCAUCGGGAAACAUUUGGACAAGACGAGUCAACGCAGCAACGUUUACAUGAUGAUCUGCACAGCCAAAGACAGAACAGGCUCAAAGUACAAGCUUAAAGACAACAUAGAGAAGUUCUUCACUUGGUUUGUGGAGGAAGGCAAGGCCACUGUGAGAUUAAAGGAACCUGCUGUUGACAUUUGUUUGAGCAAGGCUGAUGCCAAUAGCUUAAAGAACUUCCUCUCAGCCGCUCGCUUGGCAGACAGAGGAAGUGACACGAGCAGCCUUCCUCUGUCCACGCUCACUCCUGUUCGUGCCAAGGACGUAGAGCAACCCAAGAAGAAGCUCACCAUCGUCUCAAAGAAGGACUACCCCCUCACCUCCAGCUUCCCCUACUCUCUGGAGCAGCUGCAGGUCUCCUACUGCAAACUGUCUCGGGUGGACAUGCGGAUGCUGUCUCUUAAAGCUCUCCGCAAGCUGGAUCUCAGCAACAACCACAUCAAGAAACUCCCUGCCACCAUUGGUGACCUUGGCUGCCUCUCUGAACUUAUCCUCCACAACAACCACCUAGAGGCCUUCAGCGUGGCCCUGUGCCUGUCCACCCUGCAGCAGACCCUCCAGCUCCUGGACCUCAGCCAGAAUCGACUGCAGUCCCUCCCAGCUCAGUUCUGCCAGCUCCGAGAACUAGUGAACCUCAAACUGGACGACAAUGAGCUCGUCUGUUUGCCGUUCCACAUGGGCCGACUCUCGAAGCUGAGGUUCCUGUCAGCUGCGCAUAACCAGCUGGCCGUGUUGCCAAGUGACUUUCGUAAGCUGAGUCUGGAGAACCUGGACCUGUUUGGAAAUCCGUUUAUUCAGCCUAACCCUCUGGACCACACAAUGAAACUCACAUUCCCCCUUCCACUUCAAGAGAUGGCUUCCAGAGCUGUUGCCAGCCUCAGGAUACCGUAUGGACCUCACCUCAUUCCUGCCCACUUGUGUCGGGACCUUGAAGUAGCCAAGUUCUGCGACUGCGGACGCAUCUGUAUCAAUUUCUACAUCAAGACGGCGGUCAGCAUGAACCUGCACCAAGUCUCUCACACGGUGGUCCUGGUGGACGACAUGGGGGGCACAGAUGCUCCAGUGCAGCAACACUUCUGCUCCCUCUCCUGCUACUCUGAAUUUUUAGACACCUCCCUUCAGAGAGGCAUUAGAUGAGGGAUUAGAAACUCUUACGUUUGACAAGAAACACACCGACAGCUAGAAAUUGCUGUGGACUCUGCAAUAGACUACAAUUUUUGAGAUACUGCAGGAGGUCAUUAGACAACAGCAAGAGGAAUCUGCAGUAGUAGACAGCUUUGUGGUCCAGUUUUCUGCAAAUGCCCUUAAAUGAAAGGAGAAUAUUGACUCUGUUAAGCUUUCAUUUUAAAUGUACUUCAAGCUGCCUGUUUUACACUUGCAUUCAAUUUAUAAUGCACUUCCCACGUAUCAAAAAUGGGAAAAGUGAUGAGCAUAACUACUUUUGUACCUGGUCCAUCUGUAAUGGAGAGACACUGACUUUAUGAAACUCGCAGCAGCACUGUCACAAAGUGACAGUUUCCCAGUCCUGCUGGUUAAGUGUCGCACACUGUUUUGUUUUUUUUCUGUUCUUCCUGCCUCUUAAAGCAAACUGCAGGUUCCCCCACUGACCUACUUCUACUCAACAGGGGAAUAAAGAAAUUAGAUGAAUUUGUUUUUUCCUGAACACAGUGCCUCUGGGUCCAUAAGUAAAGGGAGCUGGUUUUUACUGUGCUAAUGGCCCACAAGUCUUUUAUAUAAAUGUGAGAAGUUCAAUAAAAUAAAAGUCAGCAGCCCAUUUUGGGACUUUGAAA